AUGACCUGGAUGAUUGAGAAGCUACAAAGACACAAGGAGCUCAGUAGUUCUUUUUUCUCCAUUUGUAGGAUUCAGGGAGGAUUGUCUCCAAAAUUCAAGAAUCUCCUAAAAGACAAAGAAAAAUCAAUGGGGGAGAAAAAUGAAUCAAAAGCAAGUCCCAACGAUGCCCCUGAUUCUCAACUUCCCAGGAAAAUAUGGGGCACAGGAGACUUCGAAUUCGGCAAACCUCUCGGGAAAGGGAGAUUUGGAGCAGUCUACUUGGCCAGAGAGAAAAAGACCCACUUCAUCUUGGCUUUAAAAGUCAUAUUCAAGUCUGUCUUGGAGAAAGCUCAGCUGGAACAUCAGCUUCGAAGAGAGAUAGAAAUCCUAAGUCACCUCAGACAUCCAAACAUUUUAAGAAUGUAUAACUACUUUCAUGAUCGGACAAGAAUUUUUCUGAUGCUGGAAUAUGCUCCAGGGGGAGAGCUGUACAAGGAGUUACAAAAGAACCAUAGAUUUGAUGAUAAUAGAACAGCCACUUAUAUUGAAGAAAUAUCUGACGCUCUGAUGUACUGCCAUGCUCGGAAAGUGAUCCACAGAGAUAUCAAGCCCGAAAAUCUCCUUUUAGGAUUAAGAGGGGAGCUGAAGUUGGCGGAUUUUGGAUGGUCAGUGCAUACUCUUUCACUGAGGAGGACAACACUAUGUGGCACCACAGAUUAUCUUGCUCCAGAAAUGAUAGAAGGAAGUCCUCAUGAUGAAAAUGUUGAUGUGUGGUGUGUUGGCAUUCUUUGUUAUGAGUGUCUUGCAGGAUAUGCACCUUUUGAAGCACCCACCCGUAUGGAGACAUUCAGACGGAUAAAGGAGGUGAAUUUUAAAUUUCCUCCUUGGAUAUCAGAGGGAGCCAAGGAUCUAAUUGCUAAAGUCCUUAACCGUACACCUUUUAUGAGACUUCCUCUGAAAGAAAUAAUGGAGCAUCCGUGGGUUAAGACAAAGUCAAGAAGAAUUUUGCCACCUGUCUACAAUGAAAUAGAAACAUAA